AUGCCAUCGAAGAAACAUACUAAUGCUACUUCUACUGCUAUUAAAAAAGCAGGAGAAAAUGAACGUUUAAUAUCCAGAGAAAAAAAUGCUUUAUCUUCUGAACAGUUGAAUACAAUUGAUUCAGCUAAUUCUUCUGCACUUUCUAGACCUACCCCAAAACAAGGAAAUACAGAACUAGCUGAUCCAACGCAUUCUAAAAAACUGUCUACUUUUAUAGUUCGUACCGUUUGGACUUUGAUAAUGAUUAUCGGAUUUUUUGUUAUUUUAGCCUCUGGUCAUAUCUGGUGUCUUAUUUUAAUUUUCUUUUGUCAAAUAACUACUUUUAAGGAGUGUAUCCAUGUUACUCAUAUAUCUUCUAGGGAGAAAAAGUUACCUUUGACAAGGACUUUGAAUUGGUACUUCCUUUUUACAACAAUUUAUUAUUUGGAUGGGCAAUCUUUAUUUAAAUAUUUCAGAUAUUACUUUAUAAAUUAUAAAUUUUUGAAUUUCAUUGCAAUAAACCAUAUAUUUAUCUGUUAUUGUUUGUACGUUUUGGGGUUUGUUAUGUUUGUUUCUAGUUUGAAAAAGGGAUUUUUGAAAUUUCAAUUCGCGUCUCUAUGUGCCACCCACAUGGUUUUAGUAUUGGUUGUUUUCCAAGCGCAUCUAAUAAUUAAGAAUGUUUUGAACGGAUUAUUUUGGUUUUUAAUGCCUUGUGGAUUAGUUAUUGUUAAUGACAUUUUUGCUUAUUUGUGCGGCAUCACUUUUGGUCGCACAAAGUUGAUUGCUAUUUCACCAAAAAAGACAUUGGAAGGUUUUAUGGGUGCUUGGUUUUUCACCAUGCUAGCCUCUAUUAUUCUAACCAGAAUUUUAUCUAGUUACAGUUAUAUGACUUGUCCAGUGACUGACGAUAUCAAAACAAACUUUUUCACUCCAUUAACCUGUGAGGUUAACCCUGUUUUUUUGCCACAAAAAUAUAGAUUACCACCAAUAAUAUUUGCGAAGAUUGGGAUUGAAAGUAUCACCAUAAAACCAAUAUAUUUCCAUGCUAUCAAUUUAGCAACUUUUGCAUCUCUUUUUGCUCCAUUUGGUGGGUUUUUCGCUUCUGGGUUGAAGAGAGCAUUUAAGGUUAAGGAUUUUGGGCAUUCCAUUCCUGGUCAUGGUGGUAUCACUGAUAGAGUCGAUUGUCAAUUUAUGAUGGGUUCAUUUAUGAAUUUAUACUACGAAACUUUUAUUAGCGAAAAUAGGAUUACCGUAGGCACAGUUUUAUCCACUAUUAUUUCUAAUUUUGAUGAGAAAGAAAUUAUACAAUUAAUUUUCGAAUUAAACAAGAUAUUAUUGACCAAUAAUGUUAUUUCUUUAGAGACAUAUGAGAAAAUAUCGAAACUAUAUUCUUAA